AUGGCAUCUGCGGACUCGUCGACGGCGCUUAUGAGGCGCUCGUCUGCCCAAGAUGUCGCCGCAAUGCCGCCGCCACCGUUUAAACGCAUCAAACGACCGCCCAAAAUCCUAGACGAAGACGAGUAUACCACGGCGCUCUCCGAUAUCAUCGCACGCGACUACUUUCCCGGCCUGCUCGAAUCCCAAGCACAACAUGAGUACCUCGCAGCUCUCGAAUCAGGCAACGACUCUUGGGUCGCCGAAGCAGCACAGAAACUACGGGAAGCGGCCUUGCCAACGUCCAGCAAGGGCAAAAGGAGGACUGCGCGAAACACCCGGUUUGACCACCCGUCGGCGACACCUCUACGAGGACAGCCUGUCGCAGACACACCACUAGGAUAUACAGGCAGCGAAACGCCAUCAGUGGCGUCCGUCGCAGCCUCCGUCGACACAGCAGAACCUCAGCCUGGUGUCGACACGUCAAGUCUGUCUCUCUCGGCGUUCCAAGCGAAAUACACGUCGGAGGACAACGAGUCUUUCAACGCCCUGCUGGACAAACAGAAUCUGAAACGACGGCAGAAGCACGCGUACCUGUGGACGCAGGACCAACGGAUCCCGUCAACACGACUCCUCGAGCACCGCUCGCGAGAACAGCAACGCCUUAACACCGCCGACGACAAGUCGUCCUCCUCAUCCACGAGCAAGGAACUAGCAUUACACACGGGGGCCACUGACGAUCGACCGGCCAAGCUGGAUUCAUGGACCAUAAAACGGCCGGACAACACAUUCAUGUUCAACGCCUCCUCCGUCGACGAGGACGGCUUGCAGACGGUCCAGGAAGUCCGCGAACAGAACUCCAAAGCCGGGCCCAAACAAGUCGUCUACACGAACACAAGGUUCCCGCCCGUGCAGUACGUCGACGACCCGGGCCCUGUGCCGCCCAGCCCAAGUCUGAACACGGACAUCGUCAACAGCCGUCGCCGCCUCGCCGACACGGACUCCGACGCGGGUGCCGGCGGCGGAGGCUCCGAGUACAACUACGCAGGGGGCGAGACGCCUCGUGUCAACGGCUACGCUUUCGUCGAGGAGGACGAACCCGAGAACAUCUCGUCCGCCGCGGACGGUCCGAGUUAUCGAGACCUCUUGGCCGGACAGGUCGCCGACCCGACCCCGAACCCGUUCAAGCUCAGCGAGAUACGGAAACGAGAGGACCUCCAUUACCGCAUGGUGGAGAAGGCUGCGCGACAGAAGAGGGACAAGGAUCGACAGACGCGUCUGCGUCCAGGAGACAGAGCCGGCGCUCCGGUGGACGGAGGAAGCAAUUCAAAGACGUCAGGCAACAUGACGCCCGCUGCGAGACGGUUGAUGGAGAAACUGGGUGGCAGGACGCCGGCGCGCGGCGCGUCUGGUAGUACGGGCAGCACGACGCCGGUGUCGAAGGGGAUGUGGACGCCGCUGAGGACGCCCAGGCGGAGUGAUUUGAAACGCUGA